AUGGCCUACAUCUCACAACACCAUGAUGACUCCAAAGCCAGUUAUAACAAGACCAACUACAUGGAUCUCUCCAGGACCGGCUGGGCGCGCGGUACCACCAGCACCAAACGCACCGGCAAAAGCGUCGCAGUGCUAAACGCUAACCGGGCACCCCACGCAAAGGAAGCCACAGAAGCAUGCCCAGCCGCCCAGAAAAAGUCAAACCCAUCAUCGUGGAAGAAACGACUCCCUUCGGCAGAGGCGUGGCUGUCAAAGGGCGUCAUCGACUGUUGCAAUGCUAAGUACUACAGAGGGAAUGAAGACCGAGACGUUGAGAAGGCUCCUUGUGUGUGCCCGCUGCCGUGUAGGGAGACCCAUUAUGCUGCAGCUGCCACUUGUACCAAGUUUCGAGCAACCAGCUUCUUUGAGAGCAUAGUUCAUGAUCUAGGCGCGGAUGUUGUGACGCUUCACUUCUUCUUUCCUGACCCUGUCGUCACGACCAUUGAACAAGUUCCAAUAUACACCGUUGAGGGACUGCUAGGUUCCAUUGGCGGACAGGUUGGACUGUUCAUGGGAUUCAGCCUCAUCACUGUUGCUGAGAUGUUUGAGCUGAUUUUCUUGCUCUGCACUAGAGGACGUCAUCUCAGAGAAGAGCGACGAGGCAACAUGCAACAUACAUACGGGGCACGCCACGCCUUCUGACCAAACGCUGGCACCGUUACAGCCGUCUAGGAAAUGGCGGAACGUGACGGAACAUCUAUAAAACGAAACAUAAUAAGUUCAUAUUUUGUUAAAUGAUUCUUUCAAGGUUUAGUUUUUGGACAUUCUGCUAAAGCAACACACAAUACAGACGUGUCAAAAUUGUAUGUUGGUCGUACAUAAAUGUCGAACAGCGGAAGAAUGCUUAACUGUCAGAUUUCAUACUUAAGCUUGGUUGAUUGAGACCCUCUCUGUCCAUCUGGACUCAACGUCAGUGAGUACGUAACGAUGCUCUCCUGUGUCGGAGACGGGACUUGUAACAUGUGCGUAUGGUUUGCGGGAUAUUACGUGAUUGCCCGGGGCUCAUUUACUACAACAGUGUUUGCGCGACAUCGUUGAUGGUUAAGGGUCGUUGAUGGUAAAGGGUCAAGAUGAGUGACGAUAUGGACCCCACAAAUGAUGAAUACACCGAAAUAUUACCAUGCCGUGGAUAUAACGUCACUGAGACACUGAAACUCGGUUUUGUUCAAUUUCCAAUGCAAAUGUUAUCAUCCAAUGACAAUCGUGAGACUUGUUUCAAAGGUACCUGGCACAAAUUAAA